UUGUCGUUUCACGGUUUUCCGUACCACCAGGCGCGUUUUUUAUAAUUUCUCUAUUUUCAAAAUUCUUGCGUGCGAAAACAAAAGAUAUAUGUAUUGGUCUAUUUCGAUAAGCAUUCAAAAAUGCUAUCCAGUUUUCAUCAAGCAAGCAAAGGAAAAGUAUUUUUUCAAAGUUUAUGUAUCCUUCAAUUGAUACUGAUUUCUCCACAAAUCAACACUUUUGCUUUAAUUGGUUUUUUAAUUGAAUUUUUUUUUUUUCAAAAUUGAAAGACAGACAUUCAAUUCUUGAAAAACGAAAGAUAAAUUAUAACUAAGCAUUUAUUUUGUUUUACAUCAACAUCUCUGAACUCAAGUCUUAAGAAUUUUUGAAUUCUGGCAACUCUGCUUUGAGCUACCACUGUUUUUCUUGUUCGCUCAACAACAAUUUUUUAUAAUAAACUAAUUCAUUGAAAUUUUCUGAACUAAAAGGCGAUUUUUACCGUGCAAAUAAGCACUAACAAUGACUGAUCUUCUAUCUCCAGUUUCAAUAUCUGCGGAGAAAAAGGGUCCUACAAUAAUGUAAUUUUUUGCUAGCUUUUCUCGUGCCUUCAUCCGUAUCCCAAGGUGGAAAUAAAUAAUUGAGUAUGAGCUGAGAAGCUUUCUGCUUCGACAGCUUAUUAUAUUACUACAUAAAGCGUCCGAAUAGCGGCAAAUCUUCCAUUCAUUUCAGUUCUUCCGACUCUGAAAAAGACGUAUCCUGCUCUUCAAGUGUCAGGCUUGCAGGGGAUGCCAGCCAUUUAAAACAAUUGGCAACGCGCCCUUGGCGGUUGGUGGUGCGGAGAGCCGUGAGGCCAUCGAAGUUUGACUAACAACGAAGAACACGGGGGGAAAAGUAAGCAAGUCGCAAAGCUGCAACGAACACUUUUACAGACACAAAUAGGAAUAUUGUGAGAGGUGUUGUGUAAACAAAGUUAGAUAUGAAGGCUAACGGGCUAGCAUAAUGAGGCGCAAUUUUUGUUUCCGAGUAAACAAAUCGACGGCCGGGCCACCAUGUUUUACAGAAGAAUGUAAACAAAAACAUAUAAUAUGAUUUGAGAACUACAAAUGAAGAAAUAACAAGUUGCAAAUCUCUUUUUAUACUAAACGUAUUCGUAACCAAUUUGCUAUGAGUGAUUUGUCUUAGCGAAGAAGAAGUGUCACGCAUGCUUUCAUUUUGCAAAAACCACUUGGUCUUUUGGAAAAAUUUUCUUGAAUUAAAAUUACGAAAAACAAUAAAAAUAGUGGGUUCACAAUAUAUGAGUAGGAAGCUGAACAAUUUGGUUGAGCGGCGGUUUUAUACAAUGAAACGUGCUUGUUUUGCAUUACAAAUGCUAAUUCUUGUAAUUGUAUAUACAUAAAAUCCACAAAUACGAAGUGGUCAGAUUUAUUAUUAAGUUAUUUUUCUCUACUUAGGUUUAGUUUGUUUAGAAUAAGUAAGGAACGGUAUAUUUGUCGUUGUUCUGCCACAUGUUAAUUAUUGUGGUUACUAAUUUAUAAAUGUUUUCCAAUUAAGUUUGUCUAUUUAAGUUCUUUAAAAUUCUUUAAACGUCUUUAAAAAUUUACCAAGCCAAAUAAAAUCAAAAAAAACGCUGGUUCUUAUUUGUAAUCAUUGCAUUGAAUUCGCUAAAAAGCUAAUGUAAAAAAACAUUACAACAUCAAAUGCAAUAAACGCGUAAAAGAUGCUGUUGCAUGAAUUGUCAAAAGGAUUUUGAUGGAGAACACCAAGAGGACCACAUUUUGAAAGAUGUAAAAGCUGGUACGAAAAUACUUAAGCCUGCUAAGCCUGCAGUACGUUAAUAACUUAAAAUGUUGCCCUUAUAUAUAGCUUGGCUGCACUGAAAUACCGUAAUGCUGCCCAGUCCCUCUCUGAGAACAAGCAAAUUUUGACAAUAUCACAGUACCGCCAAUGUUCAGAGAAGUCUCCUCUCAGUGAAUAAUUUGGUAAAAACCAUUGAAGGAUUCCUUCAUUUUGUAUUUUAUUUUUAAUAAAAAUUAAAUUGCGUUAAUAAUAAUACCUAUAAAAGAAACAAAAUAUAUAAUGCAAUAAAAACAACAGAUGUGAGUUGCGAUUGGCUUCAAAGUUUUCAAACAAAUUGUUCAGCGUUCUGCGGUGCAAUUAAAGUUUCUUAAAGCAAGGGGAUUUUUUGUUGUAUAAAAAGUUUGUACGCUUCUGUAGAUGGGAUUCUUGGCGUAAUGAUUUUUUCAUUGUUUCAUUAAAUGUCAAACCCGUAGCCAACAAAAGAAAGAAAUGGCGGAUGCUGCAACUGCAUUGACAGAAGCUCAAAAAGCGCGUAUUGAACGAAACAAAGCUAAAGCCCUAAGUUUAAGACAAGCGAAACUCGUUAGUCAUCCUCAUAGUUUAACAAAAAAAGAUACAAAUGCCGGCGAUGUACCAUCUUCCAUUAUCAAAGUUCAAGGUGUCAAAUAUGUAGACAGUGGCGGCGGUUUUCUUAUUGAACAAUCUGUAGCCUCCACAAGUUGUAAUCCGAGCUUGCCGGAUGCGAACGUUAAAGUUAUUGAUAACGCUAUUUCUAUACCGGUUACUUAUGAAGAAUGCCUAAAAUGCGGCGAUUCCUUUGUCGAUUCAUUUUUAAUAAACAACUUUAAGUACAAUGUUUGCGAUAAAUGCUACGAUCCAGAAGACGAACAUGCGUUGAUUACACGCACUGAGGCUAAAGCCGAGUAUUUGCUAAAAGAUUGCGACUUUGAUAAACGUGAUCCUCCCUUACUCUAUAUAAGCCGUAAAAAUCCUCGCAAUGUGCAAUGGGGUGAAAUGAAACUUUAUUUACAUUUACAAGUGGAACAACGGGCUAUGGAAGUAUGGGGCGACGAAAAAGAACUAAUGCAACAACAUGAGAACCGCUUGGAAAAGCGAGAAGUAUCUAAGAUACGGAAGUACAAUAAACAAAUGAAACGGUUGCGUAUGGAAGUGCGUAGUAGUUUGUAUACAAAAGAGACUAAAGCAACUCAUGUUCAUCAAUACGGAGAAGACACUUACAACGAAGAGGAUGAUACUUAUACGCACACCUGUCUUACUUGCUCAUUUACAGAAACAUAUGAAAAAAUGUAGGAAUAUCAAUCGAAGUGAAAGCUCAUUUCAAGAAGCCUUGUAAUUAUAUGCUUGUGAAGGUCCUGUUGGUCCUUGGUCGUUUAACAAUUUUUUUUUUUUAAUUAUUCGAUAAGUUAUACCAAUUAUAUCCAUUUUGAUGCAUGCGAAAGAGCUGCUUUGACAACGUGGUCGUUAUAACAAGUUAAUACUUUCGAUUGAGUCGAUUUAUUGUGAAGAUGGUCCCUUCUAUUGGAUUUUAGUCUUGAACUGCAUAAACUUCCGGCUGCAAAGCCAUUUCUUUUUUUUAAAAAUACAAAAAAAAUAAUAAAUUUUAUAAAGAAAACUUAAUUUAAGCUUAGUGUCUAAUUAAUGUGUUUAUAAUACAUUAUCUGUUUAAAAUAUAACUAAUACCAAUUCCA